AAACCCAAUUGCAUGUACUGUGUAUGCCGUCCAUAGCAUAGCCUACAUAGCUGGUGAGACAGCAAGUUUGUUAAAUAGUUGCAAAUCUUAGUUACAUUUACAUUGUUUCUGUUGUGACAUUUACAACGUCAGCCCUCCCGCUCUGAGUGAUGAACACACUGCUCUCCCGGCUCUUCUCCUCGGAGGAAGAGGAGCUGUAUAUUUUGGACUGCAUGGCUUACUUAAUGGUUUUCAUGGCAGCCUGCACUUUCGUUACUUUGCUUUUCGAAAAUGUCCCAUACGGGCGAUACGCUACCAGCAAAUAUGGUUUUCCAGUAAAUGUCAAGUUUGCUUGGUUCGUCCAGGAGCUGCCUGCCUUCCUGGUGCCUUUGUGUCUGGUAGUUUGGACAUCCUCUGGGAAAACCUCCCUACUGCCAAACCAGCUGCUCAUUGCCAUGUAUUUCUGCCACUAUAUCCAGAGAUCCCUUAUUUAUCCAUUUUUAAUCCGAGGAGGUAAAGCAACACCAUUUGCCUCUUUUGCCCUGGCCUUUGUUUUCUGCAUCUAUAAUGGCUACAUGCAGAUCAGAUACCUGAGCCAUUACGCAGAGUACCCUGCAAACUGGGUUACACAUCCAUGCUGCAUCGCAGGGUCUGUACUGUGGUUGGUCGGUUGGCUGGUGAAUGUGCACUCUGACCACAUCCUAAGGAACCUGAGAAAGCCCGGAGAGACUGGUUACAAGAUUCCCACAGGCGGAAUGUUUGAAUAUGUGUCUGGAGCCAACUUCUUAGGAGAGAUAACAGAGUGGGCAGGCUUCGCUCUGGCGGGCCACUCUGUUCACAGUUCAGCUUUUGCCGUCUUUACCACAGUGGUCCUCGCCAGCAGGGCUGUGGCCCACCACAAAUGGUACCUCGCUAAGUUUGAAGACUACCCUAAAAGUAGAAAGGCCUUGAUUCCCUUCUUGUUCUAAAAACACUGUUGGUACUGGAAGCCUGAAAAGGUACUGGUUCUUAAAGCGGCUGAGAAGAACAUUCCCAUAAUCUGUUUUUUCUAAUAUAGGAGAGCUCUGGUUUAACAGCCUUGAAGAUACAUAUUUAUUUAUUUUUACUGAGAAAAGAAACACAGGUUGCAUGUUUGGAACAGAUCUCAUUUAGCUGCAAGCAAUCAACAGUUAAAAGCCAUCAUCUUACAAAUAUUUUUAUUGUUACCAUUACUUUGGUAAUAAUGCCCAUAGGGUUAACUUCAACAAUCAUGCAGUGAAUGUACUGGAAGUGUGGAGGUUUGCUGGAGAGGCAACAUUUAGCACUCCUCCAGAAGAAGUAAGAUAGUGAAUGUAGCAUGCCUCAACAGUAAUAUAGUGGAUUUAUAACACACUGCACCAGCAAUAAACAGUUUUAAGACUCUACGCUGAUCUGCAUAUCCUCCCAGAUGGAACAUAAACUUGGAAAUGCAAAGCAGACAUUUAAAGUUUUUAUCCAUUCUCAAGAGUUAUCUGUUGCAAGUGCAUCUUUUUAACAUCAACUCGAAUUAAAUAGAAAAAAGACAGACUUUCAAUUAAGUCCAAACCCUUUUCCUGCCUCAUUUUGCUCAGGGUGUCAUGAGAAAGACUUUUCUACUUACCUCAUCAUCUCAAACUCCUGGAAGAGAAGCCACUUCAGAACAAAAAGCAACAGCAUCCCUGUCCUGUAAAGGCUGAGAGUGUAGCAGGCCUGUCAACAGCUACUGGGCUGCAGGGAAAUCAAAUGGAGAUCAAGCAUGGCCCCUCGAUAACUCACCCAUGCUUGAAAUGAGAAGAAGAAAGCGUAGCCAUCGCUCCAUCAGGGUUUUCUGAGAUAGAAGAACUGUUAACGAAAGGAAAGGGGAAAGUAUUGAGGAGUAUGGGAGACUGGGAGAAAAGAUAAGAAAAGGAAACUAUGGCAGCGAUCUUAACAUUACCUUCUAUUUUGUAAUUGUUUUAUAAUCACUUUCAUCUUAGGUGAUCUGCCUUUUUUUCAGCGUGCCUCAAAUUAGGUUUAUAUUGGAAACUAGAACAACUGUCUCAUCACAUUGGUAACAUUUUCCACAACUUAAAUUCUUAUGCAAGCGUGUUUCCUCCCUUUCCCCCCCUUUCCCAGCGGAGGACAUUUUCCAGCAGCGGUGACAGCCAAGGUCACGUCAUUAUGAAUUUGCAUUUAAAAGAAAUGUAUUUUGUCAUCAUUUUUACACAUGGUCUCAUCAAUAAAUAACAGAACCGCUGCGUCUGAGUGUGAUGAAAAAUGAAGGCUGUGUGUCGCUGAAGGCCAUGCCGAGUGACAUCCUUCAUGGUCGAGGUCCCUGCUGUCUCUGUCUCUUCCAGGCUAUUUCCUCUGUGUAUCCACGCUUCUUGUAAUUGCAUCACUAUAUUACACAGCCAGUAUUUACUGAGCCUGCUAUCUGACUAUAAUAUCAUUCAGUUUCAGGCAGACACAAUUGGAUUUUCUUUUUAUAUGCAAAGCAGUUCAAUGAACUGGCUUUUAACUGUCUUACUCUGUUCAUUCACACACGCUGCAGAUACUGCACAAGGAGAACUAUUCUGUAAUGUUCAAUUUACACAUGCCCACCUGUAGGAAAGAAAAGCACCAGCAGUGUCGCCACCUGCAGAAGUGUUACAGCGGCAGUGUUUUAGUAUUGAAACACCAAAUGUUAGCUUUUAAGAUUUUGGCAUUGAAUUUAUGAAUAUUUUUUCUGUUAAACAUGUAUUUAUGUUAGUAAAUUGGUUGUUAUAGACCAUUGGUGACUGGAGAAACAGUCAGCUGAUCAGAGCUAACUAUGAUAUUGCUUGAAAAAGUGUAGAUCAUUAUUAAGCAACCAUUACAGAACAGUCCAAUUACAAUGCUGAUUUCCUUUUACUCUUUUCUUUUGGGCUCUUGUGGCUUUUUUUUGUGUCUGUCUGUGUCUUUAAUUUGUUUCGAUUACUAAGGUUUUGCUGGUUUAAAAAGUGCAAAAAGCAUGAUAUGCAAAGAGCGUUUGACUUCAAUGACGCUUAACGUGAUGCAUGGUUGACUUAACACAAGGCAUGCUGGUUAGAAAUUUUGUCCGACUUUGGCUGGCGCUGAAAAACAUCAGCAUGUCACAUGUUAUUAAAACUUUGUGGGAGAA